UCGCACGAGUUCGUCAUCCAGAAUCAUGCCGACAUUGUCAGCUGCCUGGCGAUGCUCAUCGUCAUUGGCCUGCUCUUCCAGGCGACUGCCCCCUUUUGUCUCGCCUUUGUCGCCCUCCAGCACAAUGCCACCGAACCUCUGGUCACCCCGCUGGGCACCGUCAUCUCCUACACCACCGGCGUGAAGGACCUCGCCAUUGUCUUCUUCUACUUUCUCAUCUCCAUCGUCAUUCACGCCGUUGUCCAGGAGUAUGUUCUCGAUAAAAUCACCCGCAAGCUUCACCUCUCAAAGACAAAGCACUCCAAGUUCAACGAGUCCGGCCAGCUGCUGACCUUCAUUCUGGUGUCGCUGGUGUGGGCGGCGGAGGUGAUCCGUCGCGAGGGCUACCUCUUCUCGAUCACGCGCAUCUGGAGCGAGUACCCCGCCCGGCACAUGGAAAUGUCCUACCUCCUCAAGUUCUACUUUGUCAUUCAGAUCGCCUACUGGCUGCACCAGUACCCGGAGGUGUACUUUCAGAAAAUCAAACGGGAAGAGGCCGGUCCCCGAUUUAUCUACGCUUCGCUUUACCUGAUCUUCUUCACUGCCGCCUAUGUUUUGAACCUCACCUCAAUGACGGGCAUCGGCUUUCUGCAGGCGUGGAUGAUGUGGAACUUCAUCACCUUCCACCUGCGCCGCAAGCGCGAACGCGACGCUGAAGUAGCCCGUCGCAAGAAGAACCAGGCGCUGAAGUUGGCCGCCCAGAAGCGACAGGCCGCGGAGUCGGACGAGCUGAAUGAGCUGCCCGAAGCUGAUCGGUCGCCCCUUUCCACGCCCUCUCCGGUGACCAAGAAGAGCGCCAAGGCGGCAAGCAAGCUGAAGGUCAAAUAA